AUGCCCUCAUGGCUGCCUUCAGUUCCUUACCCCCCGCCAGGCCAGCCCGGGUUCUGGGAUCCGGUCACUAGCACUCUACAAUGGUGCGAAGAGGACUACUAUGCCACCUACUACUCCGCCGAGAUUAUCAACACCUUGACGAACUUGAUGUUCAUAUACCUGGCAUAUAAGGGCGUCAAGAGCUGCAGAAAACAUGGACAUGACACGGUCUUUGAAGUGGCAUAUUUUGGCUAUUUCCUCGUUGGAUUCGGAAGCUUCAUGUUCCAUACCACCUUGAAAUACCCCUGGCAACUGGUCGACGAGCUUAACAUGAUCUACACCACCUGCCUGAUGGCCUACGCCUCGCUCUCCUACUCACAGCCGAGGAGGACCCAGGUUUAUUUGGGCGUCUUCUUUGUUCUCUUUUGCGCAGCCAUAACCGCCUACUACCACUACCUCCAAGAUCCGGUAUUCCACCAAACCGUGUAUGCCCUCCUCACCGUAUUCAUCGUCUUCCGCAGCAUUUACAACAUGGAAACCUCACUUCGACCCUCCCUGCGAAAGUCGGAAGAAAAGCACCGCCUCGAGAGGAAAAGGUCCGGGGUGCCUGACGUGAUCAGCAAAGAGCAGCAAGCAUAUGAAAACCAAAGAGAUCGGCAAAUUCUCAAAACAAUGUGGAUUCUCGUGGCGUUCGGCGUGAGCAUUUUCCUCACCGGCUUCUACAUCUGGAACCUCGACAAUAUCUACUGCUCCACGCUGAGGCGUUGGCGGAGAAGCAUUGGCAUGCCCUGGGGUUUCUUCCUUGAAGGACAUGGUUGGUGGCAUUUGAUGACCGGGAUCGGGGCCUACGACUACAUCGUCUGGGGAAUCUAUCUACGGCACGUUCAGAAUGGAGAUCAAGAACAUUUCAGAAUGGUGUGGCCUAGCUUUUUCACGCUGCCGGAAGUUGUGAGGAUGUCAGACCCCCCGAGGGAUGCAGGGAUGAAGGCCACUGGCACUGAUCGUGAUGUAUCUGCGAACGGAAAUGCAAACGGCAGUGCUAAUGGCAGUGCCAAGGGGCAUGUCAAGAAGCGGAAGUGA